AUGGAUAAAACCAAAAGCCACCUCGCUGUUGGCCUCCUUCUCUCCCUCAUUUUUCUCAUUCUUGCCGUGGCGCUGCAAAGCUGGCGAUGUGGUGGCGUGUUGAACUCCUGCCUGAAUUCGUUAGAGAAGGAGCCCUAUCAGAUUGUGGGGGCCCUCCUCGUCUCUGCCAUCUUGGUCAACCUCGUCGCUGUCGCAGUUGUCAUUGUGGACUGCAUAACCUCCAGGUCCUGGGCCAUGCCAGUCUCCCUAGGACUGACCUGGCUUGGAGGCAUCCUCUCUCUGGCUGCAAUUGCAUAUUACUUCGCCAAAUUGGAUUCGACCUAUUGCCCUCUGUUGGCUGUGAUUGGAAUGUCCUUUGCGAUGGCCAUGGCGAUCACCACAAGCAUUACAGCCAUAAAAGUACGACGAGCUUAA